AUGGACACGGAUCGUCCUCUCCCCGCCAUCAAUGUAUGGCAAUUCUUCGCCCUUGCAGCCCUUGACAUCGCCGCAAACGCAGCCGCAGGUCCCGCCGCCGUAGCAACAGCCGUCCACGUCAGCGGCGGCGUGCUCACCGCGCGAGCACUGCAAUUAGGUGCUCUGGGGGGAGUCACAAAAUCCGGUGUCCUAGCAUUCGUCGAGUUCAUCGCGUACGCGGGAAUACCGACUCCGGCAUGGAUGCUUCUUAUUUUGCUCGCGAGUAGUUUUGGGAUUUGUGUGCUGGUUACGGCGGAGAUUAGUAACCUUGUUCUUGGGGAGACGCCGAGUGGCUUGUUGAUUGCGGCUAUUGUCGCUGCUAUCCCGCUAGGCGGGGAGUGUAUUGGGAUAUAUCAGUCCGCCGGAGGCUUAACGGGUGGUAAACCCCAAACCCAGGUUUUCAUCAUGGGCCUCGACGCUCUCGGAGGCUAUGUCUUUGCCCGAAUGGCUCAUAAUGAAGGCCAUGAUAUCUGCGCAUACAAUGUCGCCGCCGCCGCGGGAGCCGUCUACGGCGCUAUAACCGGUUUCUUCCACACCGUGAUAGGAUGUAUGGCCGGAUUCACGCAUACGACGAGUACGAAUGGGCACUAUGUGACUAGUAAUAUCUUUGGGACAACGUCCGGGUAUGAUGAGAAUUGGCAGCGGAAUUCGGUCUGGUAG